AUAGAUAGCCUCGGUAUAAUUUGAAGGAAGAACUACUUUUGGGUUUUGUGCAUUCAUUCCUAAAAUGAUUGGGAUAGAAGUAAAGGGACGUUUAAAUCAAUACAUAAAAGCCGUCCUGCGCAACGUAGUUGACGAAAAUGUGGUUGUCUUCUACCCGGAAAAGAAUAAAGAGGAACAGGUUCCCAUCAAAAAUGUGCGACUACCCCCAACUUCUGAAAGGGAUGUUCAUCCUGGACAAAGCGGGGAAGCCCUAUUUUCUAUCGCGACUGAUCAGACUCCAAGUUCCUCUAGUAAUACAAUUACACUGCCUGGUCGUUGGGGAGAUGAAACUAAUAGUAAACCGGAAGUCGAACUCAUACUGGAUGAUCAGCUAAAUUAUCUCCCUAUUCCAUCUUGGUGGCCUUGCCGCGUUGUCAAGAUUCGAGAUGAUGUCGCGGUGGUGAAGUUAAAUGUAACCCCACCGGCCGAUGCAACGCCCUCAGAGAUUUCACUUUGUACACAGCUUUCUACCGUCACCGAGAUCGUAAGUCGUAAGUCCCUACGUCAACCCAGUGAUGAUUGUCCGUGUCUGUCACCUGAUAUCAUCCACCGGCAUCGUAUCGAAAUUCCAAAAGAAUUGGCAGAUUUUGCUUCUGAUCCUUCUGUCCACCAUGACUUUUUGCGCCAUUGUGGUGGCCCUGUAAGCCUGUACUACGACAAUGAGUCUUCCUGUUUGGUCGUGUUAACGACAGACCCUGUAACAGCAAAGAAUGUUGCCUUGUUGGAAGAUACUCAUUUAAGGAUGUUGCGCCAAAAAUGGGCCCUAACUCGAAGUCUUCGGCAAACUAUUCGAAAUCUUGAGGUCAAUCGAGGACCAGAUGUAUCACGACCAGGUGGGUCAAAGAACUGCAGUGACUGGAACAGUGAUCCUAGUCUAUUUGUUGAGAAGUUUUUUGUUCCUCAACAUCUCAUGGGUUUAGCUAUAGGUGCUCGUGGUGUAAAUAUUCGUGCUGCAAGAGAGAUUCCCGAUGUAAUCCGUAUCGAGUCGUGGGAACCGUCCGAAUACAGUGCAAGAAACAAUGACCCUAUCGAUAAUUCUGGAGAUUAUGGUGAAGCUGCGAUGUUUGUUAUAGAAGCCAAGACUCCGGAAGCUGCAAAACAAGCUCGAGCUAAACUGGAAUACUCUGAACUGUAUUUAGGUGUUCCACGUCGUUAUGUAGGCCGUUUGAUCGGGAAAAGAACCUCAAAUAUUAUGUCCAUUAUUCGUAAAUCUGGUGUUGUUCACAUUCAUUUCGAUGAUCAUAUCGAAGGCCCUGUAUCUCUCAGCGAUGAUAAUAACCAAACUGAUGUUAUCAAGUAUUCUCAUCCAGGGCGUGCUUUAGCAAGCACAAUGCGACGUGUCUUUUUGAAGGCUGGAAGUGCUCAGACAUCCUCGCAACCAUAUACAGAUGAGGAAUACGGUGGAUUCAUACUAGCUGGCACAAGGGACUCUAUCGAAAAAGCUCGUUUGUUGAUCAACUUUCAAAUGGAUUACUUCUAUGAUCUUGAAAAAAUGGAGGUUAGCAAGUUUCUUCGUAGUAUUUGUGGCAGUGUACAUUUCAAAAGUUUGUUUUUCUUUGUGUAAAUUUGUUAUGAUGGGCGAUGUCCGAGAUCUGAUAUUGAUACACGACGUGUUACGCGCUAACCUCUGCAAACAAACUGACUACUUGAGCAGGAAGAUAAGAGUAGAAGUUGUCCUUCGGGUCAUUGCUGUUUGCUCUCAAAUGACCUCAUUCGGCUACUAAUGAUUGACUCAUACUUCAGUGUAAAAUAAAAUGGCGUACUAAGUUGAAAAUCAACAUAAAAGUGCAUCCGCUCAAACCUUUGUUUGACAACAACACAUGGGCAAAAAAUCAAUGGAUCUGAAAAGGGAAGCCAAAUGAUAUCGACUAUUGCUAGAGGCAUAAAUGACGCCAGUUGUCGUUUCAUGGAUGCUUACUCCAUUCAAGGACACUUUUGAGAGACCUGAAAAGAGGCGAUCUUGAUUAUCUGUGACUGAUCACAGGGUUCAACUGCUUAGGUCCGGUCACACACAGCCUACUUGUGAGUAUUUUCAGAUGUUUUAAGUCCGUGCUUUGCAAACCUUUAUUUGGCGACGAAAAUCCGUCGAGCUAGUCAAGUUAUGCUACUUUUGGAUCAAUUUUUUAUAACUCUCUCCGUUAUGAAAAGACUUUAUCGUUACAUACUCUGUUUGUCUUAGGAAGACGCAAAACUGCCGCUACACCUUCUAUGCAGUUGGCAGUACAACUUCUGCCGUGGACCUUGAAUUACAACUACUGUCCACCCAAUCUGCUUGACACGGUAGAGCACCAGAAAACAAGUAUCUCACCGAAUAUAGCUCGAUUUCGGUCAUCAAGAUAUCUAAGUGUGACCACCACGUCAAGGUAUUAGUUAUAUUUGGAAGCGAAGGGGUAUUAAACGAAGAAUAACGAAAGGUUCAAAAUUUAGCAUGUUUUUGAAGGACGAAUCUGAGUCGUUCUGAAGCUGUAUUACUAAAAGCAGCGAAUUUAGUGUCCAAGUGCGAACUAGUUCUGCUAAGUACUCAGAUGUUAUGAUGUAUGAGUUUCUCUCAUAAAUGAUUAAGAUUCCCAGUUAUGUUCCUUUUUCUCUUGCAGUUAUAUAGCAUCAAUUAAAGGUAAAUAGCUUCAUAACCUUAAAGUCAUUUGACUUGUAAUGUCCACUGAAUGUCGUGUAUGUUACAGGAGAAAAGUCGAGGUUUAAAUAAUUUUUUUGGUUAGCGUUUUUUUAGCGAGUUACUGCGUCUCCUCGUUUGUGGGAAACAUUUCCUUCUUCAUGACCAGUGUAUAACAGGACCUCUCAUGAAGCUAACUUUUUACCGUAUAGCUUGUGUCCGAUGGAUUUAAGUUACUCUGAGCACCCCCAGGUUGUUUAUGAUUUUCGUCUCUGUUUGUCUGAUCCUUCCACAUCCUCCGGACAACCCAUGUACAAACGACAAAUUUUGCUGUGGUUAUUAGAAUGGACAUCGGCCUCGUGACUGUGGAAUAAUUUUGGCUUUCACCAUGAAACGUCAUAACUCUUCCAAAUAAGGAUCCAUCAACUCUUAAGGCAGAGUUUAAAUAGUUUUUCUGAUUAAUUUCUCUUUCGCGAGUUUUUUUCUACUUGGUGAGAUUACUGACCCCAUGAACAGCCCUCCAUAGUCUGGGAAUGGGACCAUGGUUGCAAUUAGUGCGGAAUUGUUCACUAAAGAAUUUGUCUAAAUUGCUUCUUUGUUUCUCUAAACGAUAAGCACC